GGCAGUCGCAGGGUUGCCGAUUCAAACCCCGGCAUGGGGGUGUCGAAGUGUCCUUGAGCAAGACACCUAACCCCUAACUGCUCUGGCGAAUGAGAGGCAUCAAUUGUAAAGCGCUUUGGCUAUAUAAAUGCAGUGAUGGUCAUAUGAGGUCAUAUGUGUGUAAGGGCCUCUAUGAGGUCAUAUGUGUGUUAAGGCCUCUAUGAGGUCAUAUGUGUGUAAGGGCCUCUAUGAGGUCAUAUGUGUGUAAGGGCCUCUAUGAGGUCAUGUGUGUGUUAAGGCCUCUAUGAGGUCAUAUGUGUAAUGGCCUCUAUGAGGUCAUGUGUGUGUAAGGGCCUCUAUGAGGUCAUAUGUGUGUAAGGGCCUCUAUGAGGUCAUAUGUGUAAUGGCCUCUAUGAGGUCAUGUGUGUGUAAGGGCCUCUAUGAAGUCAUGUGUGUGUAAGGGCUUCUAUGAGGUCAUUGCAUUACAUUACAUUCAUUUGGCAGACGCUUUUAUCCAAAGCGACGUACAAAAAUGCAUUUUCAUGAUCGUAGACAACUGCUGAACACGGGUUCAGUAAGGUCAUAUGUGUGUAAGGGCCUCUAUGAGGUCAUAUGUGUGUUAAGGCCUCUAUGAGGUCAUAUGUGUGUAAGGGCCUCUAUGAGGUCAUAUGUGUGUAAGGGCCUAUGUUAAUGCCUCGACGUAAGGGUCUGUGGAGCCACCUUUGUGAAAUCUGAUUUCCCGGUGUGCUUGCGUUCAGAAUUUCCUGUCAGUGGCAUGUGCGUACUGUUCUCUCUUUACCACUGUAUCGCUUUUUUUCUUGUUGUUUCCACAGUUUCAGUUUCAGAAACCCAAGGGACCCUCGCCACUCCGCCCGCUUACAGUUCUCUCCCUGCUGCCUCCCUCAGUAACAUCAGUACUGACCCAGGCAGUACAACAGCUGGUAUAUCUGGCAGCACAACACACACUGACUUCUUAACCACCCCUACCCCAGAUCAUACAGCCACUUCUAUCACAACUAACCUAACCACCACUGUCCCAACUAACCAAACCACCCCUAUCCCAACUAACCAAAUCACCACUAUCCCAACUAACCAAACCACCCCUAUCCCAACUAACCUAACCACCCCUAUCCCAACUAACCAAGCCACCACUGUCCCAACUAACCAAACCACCCCUAUCCCAACUAACCUAACCACCCCUAUCCCAACUAACCAAGCCACCACUGUCCCAACUACCCGACCCACCACUAAACCAGGUACACUGACCACCACACAACCAGGCAGUUUAACCCCCAGUAACCCUACAGGCACAAGCACAACUGUAAAACAGACCACGACAACCAAACACACGCCGAACUCCACCCUCAUCCCAGCAAUUUUCUGCAAUGGAGCCGUUGUCGAUGGUUUCACUUUCAACAAGACUGUCAUUGGACGGUUUAGCUACUCGCGUGAGCCCUGUCCGGGACCAGCCAAUGUGGGUUUUCCCCUGGCGUCAGUGCGAUGUUUGAACAAGACGGGUUUUGGUCCGGUACGGAAGCUGGACUGUGGCCUGACCCUGAAUGACCUCCUGAAGAAUAUCGCUGGGAAUUCCGUGAGCGUCUCUACCAACGUGCUGAUGCUGACCUCUCAACCCACACGGCUUACACCUGACAACAUCACCACUGCGGCUGAGAUUGUCACUCAACUCCUGAAGUCCACCCCUACCGAGGAAGUUGCGGCUGCCGCGGUAGCCACCGUUAGCCAGCUGCUGAGCGCCAACAUCCCUGACGUGGGCACCGUGAACAGCAGUGCCACAAACAGUCUGACAUCUGAACUGGCGAGCUUCUCCUUGCAGCAGAAGGAAGGCGUAUCCCUGCUGGUGCAGCCCAACCUGGUGGUGCAGUCUGUAGGAGGGCUGGGAGCCUCUCGCGGUGUGGAGUUUUUAACGCAGACUGGAUUGUUUGUGGCCGACAGAAUUCACCUCAACACCAGCACCUCCCAGCUCAGCAACGACAACACGUCUGAUUUAAGUGUGCAGAUCCUCAUCCAGCUUCAUCCAGAUGCAUCUAGGGCGGAUGAAUCGGUAGGUUUUGUGCUCUAUCAGAAUGACCUGCUGUUCCAGUCUGUGAAGUUCAAGGCCCCCCUGGGCACCACCAGGCAGGUCAUUUCUGCCUCCUUGACCAAUGAAGGGAGGCUUGGUCUCGUAGAACUGCGCUUCAGGCCCACAAAUGCGACCGGCGCCGUGCUCCACGACUUCGCCUGCGUGUUCUGGGACUACGCCGCGAACGACUGGAGCACCGCGGGAUGCAGGAAAAACGGCCGCUCCAGCACCAGCCUGGGCUGCGUCUGCGACCACGCCACCAACUUCGCCGUGCUGAUGUCCUUCAGGAAUAAUUAUGCCUACGCUGAUGCCUUGAACUGGAUCAGCUUUCUGGGAUGCUCACUGUCUGUCGCUGGGGCCAGCGUCACAAUAAUAUUCCAGAUCCUCACCUGGAGGUCACGUAAGGCCAACGUCACGCUGCUCUUGGUGAGCAUCUGUUUCUCCCUGCUGGUCUUCUACCUCCUUUUCCUGCUUGGGAUCAACAACCACCCGCCAAAUUCCCCGCCGGGGGUAAAAGAGGCCAACGUGGCCCUCCCCUCGGACAAGCACGAGGAGCGCGACUCGGGCAUCUGCACCGCCGUCGCGGCGCUGCUCCACUACUUCCUGCUGGCCACCUUCGCCUGGAACACGCUCUACGCCACGCAGAUAUUCCUCCUGGUCCUCCGCCCCCUCGCGCAGAACGACCGCCCUUUCACCAUCGCCGCCCUGGUGGCUGGCUGGGGUUUCCCUGCAGCAGUUGUAGCUGUAACACUGGGAGCCACAUACACACCACAGCACCCACUGAACUAUCGGCAGGAGGAAUUCUGCUGGCUGGCUGCCCUGGACAAAGAGAAGAGGCUGGACUUGAGGAAGCCCAUGCUGUGGGGGUUCCUGCUUCCCGUCGCUCUGAUGCUGCUUUAUAACUGUGUGAUUUACGUGUACUUCACAGUGGAGACCUGCAGGACAAACCCAACGCUGCGAAGCACAAGGAUAAAUUCUCCUGUGAAGAAGGUACUGAGCAGCCUUUCUCUGAGUGUAGUAUUGGGGCUCUCCUGGGUCCUGGGGUAUCUGCUGCUGAUCGACACCGCGAGCAGCAACAACGUCGUCGGCAUCAUCUUCUGCCUUUUAACCACCACCCAGGGCCUGCAGAUCUUCUUCCUCUUCACGGCCAGGACGUCCGCUUUCAAGAAGAAGCUUUCCGAGCUGCUGCAGCUCAUCCCGGUCCCCGAGAUCGCCCUGCACCACCGGAAAUUCAUCCCGUCGAAAGACUCGCGGGACAACAACUACGAGAAAUACAGUACAAUGGAGGAACUGUCGUCCAGCCAGUUCUGAGCCGGGGGGCUGGAUUUUACAGCGGUACAUGCAGCAGAGCGGCACUGACUACGUCUUCAAAAGAAGGCCAGACGGUGACUCCUUUUCUCCUUCUCCGGAGCGGCUUCCUCAGGGCUGAGAUCGUCGCUCUGAUGACAAGUGCACAGAUCGCUCCUCGAGAGUCUACUGUUAACGCCGUGUCCUGGUUAUGGGAGCCUUUCUGCCAAAAACAGAAGAAAAAAAAAAAAAAACUGACAGAAAUCAUAAACCAGGGUAACAAGAUAGAUGGAAUUGAGCGGUAUUGCCGUAUGCUCAAGCAAUUGGAAGGAAAGCUAUUCCAGUUCUUGAUGAUUACACACACACACACACCCGUUGCAUACUGUUCAUUCCAGAGGUUGCAUCAGGUCACAGACUCAAAUGGCAACUUAGCGGGAAACCUGUUUAGGAAAUAAUUUACGAGGCUGCCUGUUAAGACAAUGUUCCGAUGUGUUGGACGGGCCCCACCGUGUGUUACCCAACCCAGCCCGGACCGGGCCGGUACUGACUGAGCCCAGAA